AUGUCAACUGAUUCUCCUCUCACCAAGAAAACAUCGCUCAGUUCACAUUCAUCACAAUCACCAUCAUCAGAUCCUCAAGAAUCCCAAACUUCUCUAGUUGAUAUCGAUUAUUGGUCACGUUCAUUCCUUGCUCUUGUCUAUCCCGUAUCAUUUACUGUGUUCAUCUCCGCCGGAUUAUCGAUCUUACUCUACGAUCUUUAUACAGAGUCGAAUGUUUUCGAAGAUGCUGGUCUCAUCUCAUCUUCCAAAGGUCCUAAUGCUGCAUCAAUAUCAAAAAUCACAUCCGAAUCGUUUCUUAUCGCUUUAAUCAUCAUUGGCAUCAUCGCACUAGCCACAUGCCUUCUCGUUAUCUUUGUUUAUUACGACUGUUUGAAAUGCCUCUAUAUUUACUUAUUUUUCACAGUUAUUUGUGUUUUUUCCCUUCUGAAUAUUUCCAUCUUAUCAAUGAUCAUUGCUCAAAUCAAUUCUUCAAUCGAUUGGAUAACAAUCAUCUUCUAUGUUUAUAAUGUUCUAACUAUUGCCAUUCUAUGCAUGUUUUGGUUAGCACCGAAUUUGAUGAAACAAAUCGUAACGAUUUAUCAAUGCAUCAUAAUGAUAUUGUACGUUUUGAAGAUUGCACCUGAAUGGAUUGCGUGGGCAUUGCUUCCACUCUUGGCUGUAUGGGAUAUAUUAGCUGUCUUACUCCCAUUCGGUCCGUUAUAUCUAUUGAUAAAUCUAUUUCAAAAACGGCAACUACAAGUUCCAUCGAUGAUGGUCUAUACGACAGGUAUAUGGUUUCGAAAUCAAAAUAUGAAUCCAUUUGAUGACGAUCAUUCAAUAUCUUCACAGAAUUAUUUGUCAAGUUUUAACUUAGUAUUCAUCUCAUCGAAUGUGUUGAAGUAUAUCUCUAAGCAUACGAGUUUAACUUUAACCACUAUGAAUCGAAAUAUCAAUGCUUCUCCUGACCAACAGCCAAGAAAAAAACGUCGAGUACGGGAAUCAAUGUUGGGCUUGGGAGAUUUCAUUUUCUAUUCGAUUCUUCUCUCGAAAACUGUUUUCACAUCCCAGUGCAAUCUAUUUACUAUCAUUAUUAUCUAUUUAUGUUUAAUUAUGGGUAUACUUUUAACAACAAUUAUUCUUGUAAUCUUGCAUCGACCAUUACCUGCUCUACCAAUUUCACUAUUUAUUGGUUUGAUCGUCUUUUUUCAUUAUAAUCAUAUUGGAUAUAAGUUUGCUGAUCGUCUUCGUUUACCAAGUGGACCGAUUAUAAUAUGA